AUGACAGAUCUCCUCUCCCCAGGCGACUACGAUGAUGACGCCUCCCUCCGCUCCCCCUCCGAACAAGACUCCGACCCCGAAGACGACGAAUUCCUCCGCCACUCGCGCACCACCCUUGAACUCGCCGAACACGACCGCACCGUUCUCGACGAGGAAGAUGAGCUCGAGAAGCUUCUAACCCGGAGCGGGCCAACACAUGGCUUGCGACGGAUUUUCAGUCCCGUUAGCGCGGGGAGUGGGAGUGUUCGGAUUGGGAAACGGGAGCGCAGGAGACGACGGCAGGAAAGGAGGGAGGCGCGGAGACGCGAGCAGAAGAGUGACGAGGGGGAGUUGAUGUAUGAGAUGGAGGAUGGGGAAGGGGAGGGUGAUGAAUUGCUGAGUAGGGGGUCGUAUGAGGGGGAGAAGGUGUAUUAUGAUGAGCCGCGAGUAUCGUGGACAAGAUAUGCACUGGUGUUCACAGCGACUCUCGUCCUAUUCCUUAUCCUCGUCCUCGGCGCAUACAAGGCUUCGUCCUCGUUUCGAGCAUCCCGCUACCAUCCGCCGCUAUUAUCCAAUGGCACGACUCUCUUCGCACCGACAACGAUCCUCAUCUCCCUCGAUGGUUUCCGCGCCGACUUCCUCCACCGCGGUCUCACUCCGGCGCUGAGCGCAUUCAUCGCACAAGGUGUCUCGCCCCAGUACAUGACUCCUAGCUUCCCCAGCGUCACGUUUCCCAACCACUUCACCCUAGUCACCGGACUAUACCCUGAGAGCCAUGGCGUGGUGGGCAACUCGUUCUACGACCCAGCAUUGGGCGAGGAGUUUUACUACACGGACUCAGCGAAUAGCAUGCGACCGCAGUGGUGGAAUGCAGAGCCGAUCUGGAAUACAUUGGAGAAGCAGGAUGUUCGGUCGGCUAUACAUAUGUGGCCCGGAUCGGAGGCGCAUAUCGGGGGAAUGGACCCGGAAAUUGUCGACAAGUUUAACAAGUCUGAAGAUUUAAAUAGGAAGACCGAUCGCAUGUUGGAGCUACUCGACCAGGACGAGGAUGAGCGACCGCAGUUGAUUGCUGCUUAUGUUCCGAAUGUGGAUGCCGACGGGCAUAAAUUCGGGCCAAACAGUACAGAAGUGCUGAGUACUAUCGUGGAGGUGGAUGCCAUGCUGGGCGAUUUAUUCGCCGGUCUAGAAGCACGCAAUUUGACCGACGUCGUCAACGUCGUGAUUGUUUCCGACCACGGGAUGGCCACGACUGCCACGGAACGACUCGUGCAGCUUGAGGAUCUGAUCGAUCUAGAUCUGGUAGAUCACAUUGACGGAUGGCCGUCGCGCGGCUUGCGACCUAAGAACCCCGAGGCAGAGAAAAUUCUCGAAGAACAACUACUCAGUGCAGCACCGAACUACUCCCAUGCAGUCGAGAUCUACACCCGCGAGACCAUGCCAGAGCGCUACCACUUCUCGAACAACGACCGCAUCGCGCCGCUAUGGGCGAUCCCCAGGACGGGCUGGGCGAUCGUUGAGCGACCGGAGAUGGAUGCGCGAAAGGCACUUGAGACUGGUGAGAUCUACAGUCCGAAAGGUAUUCAUGGUUAUGAUCAUGAACAUCCCCUUAUGCGGGCGAUUUUCCUUGCCCGGGGCCCGGCGUUUCCUCAUCCGGCUAACAGUCGGUUGGAUGAUUUCCAAAAUGUGAAUGUUUACAACAUCCUAUGCGACUCAUUAGGAAUUGAGCCAUUGCCGAAUAACGGGACGCUGCGGCUACCGCUACAACCCAUUGGUCUUCAUUCGGAUGAGGAUGUGCCUGUUCUUGAGCAUCCUCUGGAUCCUCCGAUCGCCAGCACAUCCCCGAGCGCAUUCACAAGCGCAAUUCCUCAAGCCACGCCCUCCGCGACCGAUGCAUCUGUGAAUGCGCCCGCGAACACCGCCGACACUGAAGAUGACAUCGAGGACGAGGAUCAACCGGCCUGGUGGAAGGCAUUCUGGGGCAAGAUGCACGAUUUUAAAGAUUGGGCAGAGGACAUGGUUGGGGCAGUGAAGGACAACUUUGCUCAUAGCGAUUGA